GACGCCGCUUGUCCUACCUGGGACUCAGAGAACGCCAACCAGUCGUAGUCAGUCACUGACCAGGAGAACUAUUCCGUUCUUACUCUCGAGUUACACUAUUGAACUACAAUCCAGCAUCGAUAUUUCUGAAAUGAAGAACAGAUGUGGCCGAUCAUUUCAAUAUCUUCCACAAAUUCGUGAUUAAUCCGCGAAUAUUGAACAAGUCAAUCGAUACCGAUACCGAUAAUUAAAUCAAUUCAUUACCUUACAUUACAUUACAUUACUAUUGCAUUACAUUAAUUGAUGCUUAAUAAUAAAUUCAAAGUUUUCCAGUUACUUCUUGCUGUUUCUGCUGAUGAGCGGUGAAAUCGUUUUGCGCGAAUACUGAAUAGAGUAGUUUUUAUUACAUGUAAUUGUCGGGUGUGAAAUGUGGAAAUUGAUAAUUGAAGAGUGCGAACUGAAGAGGAUUGUCAUAGAGAAGAGAUAUGGAUAAGGGAAUAGCACUGGAUUCCACGGUGAGGAGUCAGGAGUCCAAUGUUUCUGAUGUAUCGAAGAAUUCAGGGGCCACUGGGGAUUCCAAGACUGAGAGCUGCAGGGAGUCCAAGCACUCCAAGGUGGUGCUCAUUCAGAAGAAUUCGAUACUCGAGGAGAGGGUUGACAAGCGGGAUGAGGACAAUGAGGAGAAGAGGAAAUUCCAGAGGAAAGAUGACAGCUGUGGUGACAGCAAUGUUAUGAUGCUCAUGUCAUGUGGACAGUUGUUACUCGGUCUGAUUCUGGUGGUAUUUGGAGUGCUGGUGCUGGUGCACGGGGUCUCAUUGGGUUCAUCAGGUGCAGGACUGUGGGCGGGUGCUGCAGCCCUCGUGGCAGGUGCCCUGGGACUUGUCGCAACUCUAGCCGACACAACAUCAAAAAAAUCUGGAGGCUCAAGUGGUUUUGCAACAGCCCAUCUCGCCUCAAGUCUCGUUGCCCUCGCCCUCUCCAACAUGUCCACCAUCACUGCCCUGACAGCUCUCGUCAGAGACCUACGUUCCACACCUGACGAUGUACUACUUCUUCCGAGCGAAGAUGGAAAAUUGGUAGAGAUAGAGUCAGCAUGGGGAGGUCUAGUGGCAAGUGUUGGACUUCUCCUGAGUAGUUUGGUGGAGCUACUUCUUGCUGGAUAUACGUGUGUCACACUGACCCCUAAACUCUGUGGAUGUCUGAGUGAACAGAGGCAUGAGAGUCAAUUGGAUAAUGACCUGGAGAUCGAUGCCGGUGGAGAAUUCGACGGUGAUACUGGUAAAUUGAAAACUAAAAAUAUGGUCCACCAAUGGGUGAUUGCUCAAACUCGUCCACCGAAAACACCUCCGCCUCCACCAACGCCCUUUUACGUCGUCCACCAGCCGAUCAUGCCACUGCAUCCUAUAAUUCAGGCACCUUAUGGAGCUCCCCAUGGCAAAUAUCCUGCUCAUUACAUACCUACGUACGGUCCUGUCCCAAUUAUUCCCCACAUGAUGGCAUCACCAGGUCGACCACCAAUGCAACUGUAUCGUUCUCGAAGAACUCGUUAUCCACCAAUAGAGCAUGAAGAGUUAGCAAUUGACCGGCGACACCCCCGGGAAAUGAAAAACCAGUCGCCGAAGCAGAUGACGUCGAUCGACGAGGAUGAAAAUGUUGGUGAUUUAUCGUGCACCUACACAGGCCUCGACAAAAAAAUAUCCGAGGAAUUCAUAUCGAUCUGCAUGGAUCCAGAGCGUAAAUCCAAGGCGUCAAGUCAUCAUGGCAGUGAGAUCGGUGCCGCGAGUGCGACAAAAAAUUCAUGAAAAAAGUACAUUCCGUUAGUCGUACACCGAGAGACAAAACUUAUUUCAACAAAAAGAGUUUACUUGUCACAAGAAAAUAUCUACUUGCCAUUUUAAAACCGUCAAAUCCCCUGAUAAAUCAUUUUUCCUUACUUUGAGAGGAAAAAGUCAUUCAAAUGCACUACUCGAGAUUUUUUUAUGAAUCUUUGAUGGAAAUCUUAAAUAAGUUUUGAAAAUCUUAUGAUUGAAAAAGCAAAUAUUGCAUUGUUUUUUUCUCUGAAGGGAAAUCCCUAAAACAUUCGAUUUUUCUAUUCAAUUAUUCCAUAAAGAUCAUGAAAAAUCGGGAUAGUUCAGGGAGGAGUUGGAAAUUCAUCUCGUUCUCCUUCUGAACAUUGAAUUUCAUUUGAAAAUUCGAUCAAGUUCGGAAAUUAUCUUCAUCCCAGUGAAUAUCUUUGAAUUCUGGCUAAAAAUUAAAUUUUUAUAUCAAUUCUUUAUAAUUCUUUAUACUGUCCCGGGAAUUAUUGUCAUACUUUUCCUGUAAUUUCAGAAAAUCAACACAGGACGAAACUUAAAGCCAGAAUCUCUAAAAGAAUAUGAAAAUAAUAAUAAUCUCAUCCCUGAAAGAUUCCAAGAAUAAAAUAAAAAUUGAUAGAAUAAUUUUUUGAAUUCGUGAAUUUUCUUGACAAAAAGUCGUUUUUUCUCUCAGUGUAAUAACGACCGAUACAAUUUUGUAGAUACGAUAGCCCAUCUCUGAUUUAGAGGAACUAAUUCCACACGGAUGUAUAAUAUUAACAAUAAGUACAGGUGACAAUUAUCCAAUUUUGUUGAGGAAUUUAUUCCAGAAUUUAUUGUAAUAAAUAAAUUGUAAUUAAAUGUU